GCCUUUGUUGAGUUUAUAACCGUACAGCUAAGAUGAUACCGUUAUCGGUCGUUUCGCUUGCAUAGAUUAUUAUUUACAGGACAAAGCUAUGAUUGUCCAAUUCCACUAUCAAGACUGUAGACUUUUCGAAUCAAACCCGAUUCAUCGUUAUGCUGGAUAAAGAAGACCUGGCAGUGUUCCAUGGAACGUCUUUGCAACGUAAAGCGGAAGGAGUUCUUGCUAACCAGUUACUGUGCGUUUUUCUUCUCAUUGUUGACGUUGGAAAGAGUGUCUUGAGCUAUGCGGUGGUAUACCACAAUGGAGGUCAGUAUCCUUUGCCGCAGACGGUAAUAAUCACGGUUAUCGAAGCUCUGAAAUGUCUGACGGUCACACUUAUCCACCUAGUCAAAACCAAGUCUUUGUGGAAUCUUCAACCAUCUUUGCUCUUCCUGUUUCCAUCUUUGGUUUAUGCUGUCACCAAUAAUAUUUUUUUCUACGCCUUGACCUACGUAACACCAGCUGUGUGGAUAGUAUUGAUUCAGGGCAAAGUCAUUUGCACGCUCAUCAUCUACAGAUUAUGUUUUCGUAAAGACGUGACUGUUGCUCAAUGGGUAGCUGUAGUUCUGAUAACUUUCGCCAUUGCUCUGAGUCAGUUUCGUAGCCUUACAGUGGAAGGUGCUUCUGUGCCGCUUGUGGCAAUAUCCCUAAGCAUCAUCAACAGCUUAUUGGCUGCUGUUGUAUCUGUAUACACAGAGGUACUUUUUAAAAAUGACAAUCGCCGCAGUUUUUGGGAACAACAAAUACAGUUGUACUUUUUUGGUACUCUUCUGAAUCUCAUGUAUGUGGUGUUUUUUGAUGAUGUGAAACAAAAGGCAUUUAGCUUUUCGCUUGUAUCUAGUAAUAUCAAGACAUUUUUGGUAGCAACCGUCGUCAUAGCAACACUACACGGAAUUACUCUGGCUACCAUCAUGCGACAGUUGGAUAACAUUGUUAAAUUUUACAUUUCUGCCGUAGGAAACGUAAUGACUGCUAUUGCUUCGACAUUGUUGUUUCCAGAUAAGUUUACCUUAGAUUUUGUAUUCAUUCUUAGUUUAUUAAUUCUUAUUGUUGCUAUAUAUUUAUAUGAAACAAAAAAUUUCGAUAUUUUUGGAAACAAAGAAUCAGAAUUAUCACAAAACAAUAAUUCCAACAACAAUGUAUCCAAAUAA